UCUUCUUUUUUUUUUUUAUCUUUUCUGGAACACAUUAUUUUCUCGCUCUAGAACCCACUAUUUUCUCUCUCAAGAUCAAUGGCUCUGUGGAUGGAAACAGGUUCUGAACCAAAUACCCAGAGCGAGAUUGCAGACCUUGACGCCAUCACAGCACUCAAGGAGUCAGCUGCUCUUGAACUCAAGGAAAAAGGUAACCAGUAUGUCAAGUUGGGUAAAAAACAUUAUGCCGAUGCUAUAGAUUGUUACACAAAGGCUAUAAACCAGAAAGCUUUGAGUGACCCUGAGAACUCAGUAAUCUAUGCAAAUAGAGCCCAUGUGAAUCUGUUGCUUGGAAACUACAGACGGGCUCUCAUGGAUGCACAGGAAGCAAUAAAGCUGUGUCCAACAAAUGUCAAGGCAUUUUAUCGUGCAGUCAAAGCAUCACUGUCUUUGGAUCUGUUGGGUGAAGCGAAAUCAUAUUGUGAAAAUGGACUUGAGCGGGAUCCAAAUAAUGAAGAACUAAAGAAGCUAGCAAGGCAAAUUGAUGCACAAAAUUCGGAACGUGAGCACCAUGAAGCUCAAGUUUCCAAGGCUGUGGCCACAGCAAAGCACCUUGUUUCUGCAAUUGAAAAUAGAGGACUGAAGAUUGGGAAGGCAGUGUUUCAAGAACUUACUGGCUUAAGAAAGCCUAUAUUAGACACUAAUAAUAUUUUUCACUGGCCGGUUCUUCUUCUAUAUCCGGAGGUUAUGUCCAGUGACUUUAUUGAAGACUUUUGUGAGACUGACAUUUUUUCAGCUCAUCUAGACAUGAUGUUUUCAGAAAGUUGUCCACCACUGCCUUGGGAUAAAGAAAACAAUUACACCCGUGAAGCUGUUGAACUUUAUUAUGAGGCCGGUUCUGGAGUUUGUUUACCGAAAGCAAAAUUCCUUUCUUAUCUGUUAGAGGGAACUGUUGGUUCUCAUGUGGAAAGCAUUGGUGAUGAAGAGAAGGAUGUGAUUGAGUGUUCUCAUGAUGUUACUUCUGCAGGCAAAGGGUCUUCUAAAUGGGUCAAAGUGAAUGAAAAGAGAACGCUUAAUGAUGUGCUGAAAGAACCCAACCUUAUGAUUCCUGGAAUUCCAGUUUUCUAUGUGGUUUCAAAAAGAUCCAGCUUCUAUAAAGAGUUCAGAGAUGGAAAGUGGUCUCUUCCAUCAUGAGCAGCUGGUGGCAGGAUGAAGUGAUGAAGCGUUGAAGAUGAGUGAAGAAUGCAAAGCAAUCUUAAGGUGGUGGGCGACCACAAUUUUGAUUGUUACAGUGUGUGCUUAAAUAUAGGAUCGAGGAACUUGAUGCCCCUUUAAGAACUUUUAUUUAAAAUAAAAAUUAAAUUAAAUUAAUAGAUCAAACUUUCAGUUGUCAAA